UUGAUGCGAUCAUGGCAGAAUUUAAAGUAGAAGAGAAAGGCAAAGUUUUCUUGAAAAAUAUACCAAACGGAACAGCAAAGGAAGAGAUAUUUUUUCUGUUUUCUUCCAUUGGUCCGUUGAAAGAUGUCAUUUUACGUACACCAAAAUCUAUCCACUUCAAUCUAUCAACCGUUUACAUGUAUGGGUUUGUAUCAUUUCAAGAUGAAAAAGAUGCUGAGAGGGCAAUUUCACAGUUCAAUCAUUUUCCAUUCCGUAAUUCAAGGGGAAUAGAAUCAUUGUUACGUGUGGAGAAAUCUUUCAAAAAGGUUCCAAGUUCUGGUUUAAGUAAGCAAGCCUCAUCCUCUCUUUGGUCAGUAGGAAGUUUAGAAUCUGACAAAGGCUCAGGCUCAAGUGAUAAUUGUAGCACUGUGAGUGAAAAGGGCACAGGACAGGAUAAUAGAUCUUCAAAUCAAGAACCAGAAUGGAUGAAGGAAAGAAAGGCAUUAMUGGAAAUUAUUGCACAAAAUGACCAGAAAAUCACUGAACUACAAAAGAAACGAGGCGAUGAACUUGUAGACCUAGACAAAAGGGAAAGGGAACUACUCGAAGAACUUGAUAGACUUCCAAAAAAGAUUCAUACCCUAAAAGAAGAAAUAGAAGUUUUAAAGCUUCAAGUCAAGUUAAAAGAACUUGAAAAAGAGCAGGAUCAGAUACUAACUAGCAGAUAACGUGGUCAAUAUCAUAUGAAAACAUUUUGAAAAAAACACUGCAUUAAAAUUAAGGCUAAAUUAUCAAAGCCAAGACUGAAAGUGCAACAUGGAAGGUCAAGAUAUGAUUGACAUUUAUACCAAAAACUACCCAAAAUCCCCUUUGUUCUUGGCUUGGAUGAUUUUGCCUUUCUCAACCUGGCAACAUUUUUGAAUUGGUGUAUCAAAGAAAGCACUGAUAAGAGUUUGCAUACGUGAUGUACUGGCUGCACAUAUUAACUUAUUUAAUUUCCCUUGAAUAAUAUAUUACAGUUAGAGUAACAAAGAAUAAUAUAUUGGUUGACUUUACAUCUAAUUGUUAUAGUUGUUAUUUGUUAAAAGUUUGAUAGAUUACCAAAGUGAUGUCACAAAUAUUUUUUUUCUUUUUUGAUUAUUGGAUUUCUUGCUAACAGUAUCCUUACGUGGCAUGACAAAAAGUUGCUGUCUACUAAAUUUCAGAGUUCUAGUACCAUUUAUAGUGGAUGUAUAAGGUCUUUUAAGGUUGGAUUACCACAUACAUUACGCUUGUAAGUUUGCUUUUAGUUUUGUUCAUAACCAGAGCAUAUUUACAUAGAUUUUUGUAUGUAGUCCAUGGUACUAGGAUACCGGCAUUUGGUAAAAAAAAGGAAUUGGAAAAUGAUGGAAUUUCAAAUACUCAGCAUGUUAUGUCACAUCACUUCGGUACUCUAUUACAAUAAAGCUGUUAUAUGACAGACUAGUACCCAGUUGUUACUAUUUUUUUCUCUGGUGCGCGCAAAGGAUCAAGGGAAGUUGAAAGUUUGGACUUCCCUUGAUGCAGCGUGACCCUUAAAACGAGCAAAAAAAAACAACAACUGGGUACGAGUCUUCAAACUAUUUAUUCUUGAAAAUAUUGUUACAGUUUUAAGUUGAUCAUAUUGAUGAGAAAUUGUUAUAUGUUCGCUUGAAAAUGAGUGUUCUAUGAACACUAAAUUUGAAGUGGUAGAAACCCCUAAGAUAUUCAGCGCAAAAAGAAAUCAAUAGAAGAAAUGGGUGUCCUGAAAUGGGCGAAAUGCUUGUCAGAAUUUUCCUGAAAGAUUCCAAAGGGUGGGUGUGGCAUGGCAAAGUUUCACCCUUCGGUUAAAAAAUGAAGCAAGCAAUCAGGUCCCAAACUUACAAAAAAAUGUACGAAAUAUGCUGAUAAAUAUGUUUAAUAAUACAAACGUUGUACUAUUUAUGAUAGUUAUUUUAAAUAAAUUCACGUUUAAAUUCA